GUCAAGUCAAGACAAAUUUAUGUUUAUUUGCGCUUUUUACAAAUUGCGUUGUAUCAAAGCAGCUGUACAACACAAAAAGAGGAAAAAACAAAGCAAUGAAAUACAGACACAUACGUAUCUACAUACUAUGUACACACAUAUAUAGGUAUUAUAAAUUAAAUCACGUUUACUGAGUACAACUGUCAUGGUAUUCUUGCAAGUCUUGUAAAAGAUGAGCUAGAGAAAAGCCUCAGGCUAAGCUUGUAUAAGAUCGCCAAGCUAUAGAUAAAACAAUCAAUCUCAAGAAAGAGCAAAUAGAAAACAAACAAGAUCAUUGAACUCAAAGCAAGCGUGCAGUGCGCUUAAAUCCUUCCCACAGUAUUUAGCUUCCACCUGUAACGUUAGCAACUUCUUUGUUACAAACGAAUGCUGCCUUUGGGACAGUUAAAGCCUAGCUCCCUGCUACACCUACCAGUAACUUUAUCAGAUAAAAGCUUCAUUGUUUAUUAGCCGUGAGGCACUUUAUUUCGACUUUCGGAACAUGUCCUUAAUUUGCGCUACAACAAAUAUGCCUUUUCAUUCUGAUGAGGGAAGGGAAAAGAAGAUAACACCUUUGGCAAAAGGCAGAUUCGAACCGCAAUCGGGCUGAUGAGUCGUACGUUGACUUUACCCCUAAACCACUCAAGCUGGAACUUGCUCGAAAAAUACUCGAGUGCUUACUGUCUCUGCUAAAACAAUCAAUCUCACUUGCGAGAGAAUUAGACAGCAAAUAAGAUUAUUAAAGUCUAUAUCUAAUAGCUUGUUGUGGUGAGGACUUUCACUGGUCAUCAAGCACAAAUAGAUAAGUGGAACUUUCGCAUCUUACAUGCAUUGUGAUGGCAAAGAGUCUAGAAAUGGAAGGCAAACCCCUAGGCCUACAGUAAUGGUUUAACCCUACCGCUCAGCAGCCAAUAGGAACUCAUCACGCUUACACGUUCAAACUGGUGAAGUGGCCGGAUGGCUCAAAAACACGCGAAAUUGACGUCUGACGUCACGCGUAGAGUACGUGUUGUUUGCGCAUAGAGUACGUGUUGUUUGCGCGUAGAAUACGCGUCGAUUUUUCACGCGUAAACUACACGUACUCUACGCGCAAACAACACGUACUCUACGCGCAAACAACACGUACUUUACGCGUUGUUGACGUGUUAAAAUUCGCGCGUUUUUGACCCUCCUGGCUUUCCAUAACGAUAAAUACACGUUAAGUACGUAUGAAAUAAACGUUGUUGACGUGUACUUAACGUGUUAAAAUUCGCGCGUUUUUGAACCUCCUGACUUUCCAUAGACGGUGAUCGCUUUCACAUCUUUUCCUCAUACAAAUCGAUCGUUUCGCGUUGAAAUAUCUGUAUUUUUGAACGACAUUGUGACUGCUUGUAUUAUGUGUUUUAUAUUACGAUAAAUAAACUGUUACAUGACUGCUCAAACUGUCUGAAUAGCGUCAUGUAAACGCAAUUAUCCUGGCCAUUAAACUUAAAUUAAACCCCGAAACAUCAUCAUUCAUUGCAAAUUAUAUCGAAUAUACAUUUUCAUAAUGACGAAAACGACGCCAAAGGAGUGCCCUGCAUGUUCAAAAGUGACGCCGAAGGGCGCUAACCGAGCGUAAAUAUGUGACGAGUCGGGACUGAGAAUGUGUUGGUUUAUGAGUUCCGUGAGCGCGCAGUGCGCCUAAACUAAACUCGUUUGCUCAGUGUUUCGCUACCACCUGCAGCAUGAAUUGGGAUGUUUGAGAUGCAUGGGAGACACAUUUAUUUCUGAAGCGAGAGCUCCAGAAGCUGGAUCUUUCGUUUAUUCCUGACGGUCGAUAGGUUACAAUCUAGCCAAAAUAUUGCAAGCAAAUAAUAGCAGUUUGUUAAUGUUUCCGCUCGCGUGACGCGUCUACUUAUCCUUCACAAAAUAAGAACUGGUGUUAUAAUUAAUUAAUCUGAUUUUAUUGCACAAUUCAUUUUACAUGCGGUUUAAUAAACUCAAAGCAAGCGUGCAGUGUGCCUAAAAUUCCUUUGCACAUUAUUUUGCUUCCACCAGCAUCUCUGUUACAAACUUAAGCCGCUCUGUGAGUGAAGAGUGACGUUGCUUUCAACCAAUGGAAAAUACUGGCAUUUUUUGUGUUGUUUUUUAUUCUCAUUGGGUGGGCAAGACAGACGUUUAGGUGGGCUCUGGCCACCCCUGCCCAUGCCUGGACCCGGCCCUGGCUGGCAGUGUCUAGCCUGACUUUCACAAGGCUGGCCAGGCGUUCUCAUCUCUUAUCAUCUAAAACAAUUACAUACAUUGUAAGUUAUCUCUCCCUUUCUCUCUCAUUUAUUGAUUCACCAUUGUUGUCAGCAGAAAGUAUAAUACACCGGCGAACAGAGUGGGCAAUUGCGACCCCGGGACACUAUCGCGAGGGAUGGGGACACCGCCCGCAUAUAGCAUGAGCCUCGUCUGGCUUAUUUUUGUGUCACCCGAAGCGCCAGCGAAAACGCUGAAAUAUUGUAGUUUAAAUGCUUGCCUUUCAUGAUCUCCUUUGGCUUUAUAUCUUCCGGGUUUACCAAUGGUCCAAAAGUCCGUGCGUCGCAUUUUCCUGACAUACGAUGUUGUUACGUAUCCUCGCGCUUUUUUAAGUGGAUAUACGGAAAUUCUUGAUCUUUUCUAGUGGGUAAGGCGUAUAUCUGCGUAUCACGUAGACUACACCAUGGAGAUUUAACACCGCCUCUCGACACUGCGGACAAAUACGGAAGAGAGACUCGUGAAAGCAAAACUAACAUGGACAAGAAGUGCCGCUUCUGUCAAGAUAAUGUCUUAUAGGCCUUCUUAAUAAUCAGCAUAAUAUACAUGAAGGUAAGUAGCCUAAAAUAAACACACCAACUUAAUCGAAGAAGAAAUAAUGAACAGGGACUUUAUGCAGACCUCUGGAGGAUUGGCCUAUACACGGUUAAUGGAGGAUUUAUGGUUCAGACGGCAACGCGUGGGUCUUGAUUUAUAGCCUAUUCAGCGGAGAAACGAGUAAGAUCAUUUCGAGUCAGUCGUGCUAUGGAGGGCGCGGAAGAGAACACAUCUUCUGAUCUGCAUUAUAAAGUCAUUCUACUGGGGAGAACCGGAGCAGGGAAAAGUGCCACAGGAAACACCAUAUUGGGAAGAAAGGCUUUCGUUUCAAAGAAGAGUUUCAGAACUGUGACACAAGAGGUGCAAAGUGACAGCGUGACCAUCGAUGGAGUGAAACUUACAAUCUAUGACACGCCAGGAUUCUUUGACCCAGAAACCGAGCGGAGCCCUGCAGUGAUGUUCAGAAGAGAGGGGUUUCCAGAGUUAGACUCAACAGAGCCGCUCGUGAUUCUGCUGGUGAUCACAACCGACAGAUUCACCGCAGAAGAGAAGGACACGGUUGAGUCUAUUGAAGAUUUCUUACCAGACUGGCUGAUAAAAAACACCUGGAUCAUUUUCACCAGAGGAGAUGAGCUGGAGAGGGACGGAGACACAAUAGAAACCUUAAUAGACGAAUCACAGGAUCUGAAAGCAGUUGUUCAGAGAUUUGAGAACAGAUACUUUGUCUUUAAUAAUGUUGCACAGGGUCCAAAUCAUCCGGACGUGAAAAGGUUAAUGGAUGUUAUAAGAACUGUACAGCCUUUAGCACCAGAGACUAAGCCGUUUCUUCAGAGACAGAUUCCAGCGGAGCAUGAACGUCACUCCAGUGAGAGAAGAUUGAUUUUACUGGGGAGAACAGGAGCUGGAAAGAGUGCAACUGGAAACACUUUACUGGGAGAUAAAGUAUUUAAGUCUGAACACAGCUUCAGUUCAGUGACACAACACUGUGACAUUCACAAAGCAGUAGUUUCACAGAAACAGGUCUCGGUUGUUGACACUCCUGGGUUUUUAGAUUUAACUUCAAGGCCUGAAGAUUUAGCAGAAGAAAUGGGCAAAAGUGUUUGGUUGUGCAGUGCAGGACCUCAUGCUUUCCUGUAUGUGGUGUCAGCAACACAAAGAAUGAGCACUGAAGAUGAAAAUGACAUCAAAAACAUCGAAAGCAUGUAUGGAGAAGAAGCAGUAAAGUACACAAUCCCUGUGUUCACUCACUGUGAUCAGCUGGAUGGAAGGAGUGUAGAAGAUCUUCUCCAACAGAACGAGGUGCUCAGUAGAUUUGUUCAGCGGUGUGGAGGGAGAUAUCACACCAUGAUCAAUAAAGACAUCAGAAACAGAAGACAGGUGACCAGACUGCUGCACAAGAUUGAUGAAAUGUUAGAAGAGAACGGAGGAGGACACUACACCAAUGAGAUGUUUCAGCACGCACAGAAAUGUGGACAAGAUGAGAACGAUGAUGAUGAAGACAUCUCAGGCAAUGAUGAGAAGAUGCAGUGUGCACAGAAUGAGAGUAGUCCCAGCCAUGAUGAAGCCAGUGAGACAGUGCAGGGAACAAAGGAAAGCUGGUUAGGAAGAGUGUGGAGGAGAGUCAGAGGUUCCUUUAGGAAAUUCAUGAAUAGAUUCAGGAGGCAUUUUGAUGCUGUAGCUCAGUUUUUGUAUUCUCUUGCUCAGAGGAUUAUUGAUUUUGUAACAAAUCUAUCAAGGACAUCAGAAACAAAACAAGACCGUUCAUCAAGUGGUCAACGAUGUCAGAGUAAACAUCUCGCUCUCAAUCCAAUUGCAAAGAAGUGACAUCAGUAAAAACAGUUAAAAAAAAAAGUUCAAUCUGCUCUGAUACCACUGAAAUGUCUGUCUGUUGCUACGUUUGUUUGUUUUUAUCUAUUAAUAUGUCUGAUGUUUUUCUGUAUAUUGUGUAUGCCAAUCAUUUUAACUGUAUUUUGGGUGACGUGUAACUUUCUGUCCAGGGAUAAUUUUCUGCCUGGUUAAUUCUGGCAUGUUUAAAGAACGCACAUUUAUGUUCGUUUUAAAUAAACAAUAAAAAAUAUAUAAUUACA